CACCUAAAGUAAACAAGAUCCGGUUCGGCUUUAAAAACUGUGUUGAAAAUUCUUCAGCGACGUGAGAAUUUUCCAAAAGAACAUGCGGCUGUUAAGACCCUUAGCCGUAUGCACAGGGUAUAUUAUCUUACUAGUUGUGCCCGUUCAAUGUGCCGUGUUCCGGGAUUCAUCGGCUCAAAAACAACCCCGCGCUUCGAGAUUGAGGACUUCAACGACGACCACUACCGAGAGUGAACCAUUCGAGGAACCGGUGACAUCAUCGGUGUUUGAGGAGUUGCAUCCUACGGAAGAGCAGGCGUCCUCAACAAGUGCAGAGCCAGAGACGACCCCUCUCAGCAAUCCACUACCCUUGACUGUGGAUCCCGCGGAACCCAGUCCGGAUUUUGUGAGCAUAGAGGAACAGAAAGAGGAGAUACCCAAGAGGAAAUCAUGGGUUCAGCGUGUUGCCUACGUCGUCAAGUCACCGAGGGUGGCUGCUCGUUCGGGGGCUCGAGCUGUUGUCGACGAGGGUGCGUCUUCAGACACACAGGAUGAUUUUGAGAACUUGAGCUGGGUCUCGCAGGUGAUAACCAAGUCCAUGUGGAAGUACACUCCGCGCUCGGAAAGCAACAGUGCUUGCACGCAUCAAGGCGAGCUAUAUCGAAGGCACUUCAGUAACUUGACUCAAUGGGCUGUCAAAAUGUUCGAUUCAGCGGACAUAGCACCAAAUGGAGUUUUGGAGACUGAUCAUCUGAACUCGGGGCAUUUUGACGAAUGUCUGACCAUCGACGUAAAAUCUUUGGAUCUCAAAGGUCAGUACUGCUUGGUUAAAGCUGAGUACAGCCCCCACAAAGAGCUCAGUCCGGAAUUUUGGGCACCUGACAAAGAAACUAAUUACAAUCAGCCGGAUCCCAUGAAAACAGUCUGGCUCGAUGCAAAGCCUCACACGGACCCGGCGCGGAAGAACAGGAGCGAGUUUGAGUUCGCGGUCUGUCUGCCGAAGUCAUGUUCAGCCCGAGAUUUGCAGGUGUCGCUCCAAGAGACGGUCAACCGAGUGGCCGCUGCUCACAAGCUCAACUUUAAGCUCACUGUCAGACCCCAAGACUGUGCUAUAAAGGACCCUGAAAUCCGCGACCCGCUUGGAUUCACCCUCACUGUGUUGAUAGGUCUGAGCGCUGGAGGUCUCGUUUUCAUUGGCACAUUUUUGGAUAUUCUGGUUUUUCAAAAAAACAAGUCGAAAAGUUUACUGCGGACUUGUCUCAAGCCGUUCUCAGUAGCGAGAAAUUUGGAGAGACUCCAGAAACCUAGCGAGGAUGCAGAAUUCACACCUGUAAACUUCUUCAAACUUGUCAUCUUGGUGCAGAUUAUCAAUGGACAUCGAAUCAUGUUUACCUUCGGUAAUAGGAUUUACAACCCAUCUUGGAUUGAGAGGCUUGCAAGGCAUCCCCUCAGCGCGUACGUGAACGGAGCUAGUUCCGUCAUUGUUGAUUUCUUCUUCGUAAUUGGUGGCUUCCUAGCUUACCUCUUCAUUUACAGAACAUUAUUACAGAAGAAGAGGGUAAAUCUGGUGAUGGUCUUCUUUUACCGAUGGCUGAGGAUAGUGCCAUUGUACGCACUUGUGAUCGCAUUUUACACCUUCGUCAUGCCUAGUUUAGGUGAGGGUCCCGUAUGGAAUAGGUUUGUGGAGAGAGACGUGGCUUAUUGUAGGAAAAACUGGUGGCUGAAUCUCCUAUUUAUCAACAAUUAUGUCCAUUCCGACCAACUGUGUAUGAUCCAUUCCUGGUAUCUGUCCGUGGAUAUGCAGCUGUUCAUUUUGACGUCUUUUAUAGCAGUCUUUAUUUUCCAUCACCAAAAGGCAGCUAAGCUUGUAUUAGGGACUGUAGUCACUCUGUCUAUUGUCCUUCCGGCCAUGAACUUGUACUUUGGAAAAUUUCACGCUGUAACUUUCGCUUUUCAACAAUUUUUACAGAAUAUCAAUGCAGACCCAAAUUUCUAUGAUAUGUACAUCAGAACACAUACAAGAGCAAUUCCAUACAUUUUGGGACUAACAUCUGCUCACAUCUACUUAAAACUCAAAGAUAAAAAAUUCAAGUUCACAAAGCGUCAGUUGUGGAUGUGCGUUGGGCUAUGUUUUGUGUUCGGCAAUGCAUCUGUGUUCUACAGUGCCUUGCUCUACUUGCCAGGUUGGCCCUACAAUAUUGUUGAGCACAUGAUCUACAAUCCUCUGCAUAGGAUAUUAUUCGCUUUUAUCCCUUGUUUCAUCCUCAUCGCCCAAGGAACCACCGGGUUUGGAAUAGUGAGCAGGUUCAUGAGCUCUCCUUUCUUUGGUGUGAUGGGAAGACUGACCUAUUGUGGGUAUCUAAUCCACCCAAUAGUUCAACUAACGAUGAUAUACUCUAAUCGGACGGCAUUUUCACUAGCUCCUCUUAGAAUUGCAUGGGCAUCUUGUGGAGAUACCCUAGCCACAUUCAUCUUAGCACUUGCCUUGAAUCUUCUCUUUGAAUCACCUAUCGAUCGGUUACAGAAGAAAAUCUUCCAAUCUUUCAUUCGUGAGUACAAAGAACCGAGAACACAGUUAGAGCCACAGACUGAGGAAGCCGAGAUGUCUGAUAAACCGGAGGUCACUGAGACUGAACAUUGCUGAUCAACAUGCUAAUCCCAUAACGGCGCAUGUUUAGUCAACUUUAUUUUUUCGCUUAAAAAUCAAUCGCGUUUUUAGUUUUGAUGCUACUGUUGAAGUCAUUUGAAUUUUUCUUUAGGUCAGAAAAUACACUCACGUAGCAAAAGAUAAA